CUCCCCAUAUGCCAAAUUAUGAUUUUCAGCUGUCAAGCUAUGCUUAUAUACUUAUUCGACUGCUGACUAGAUAGUCUUUCUAAAAAUAUGCCGAUUUUAUUUUUACAAUUUGUAUUGAUUUCUGGAACCUUUGCCCAGUAUAAAGAUCCGAAUACUCCAUUUUCUGAGGUAAUUGACACCUUACCAGAAUCCGAAAAAAACUGGAUGUUUUAUUUUGUGAUAUUAUUGUUCGUACUAUCAACAGUUACCGCAACACUACUAACGGCUUCCUUUUUGAUAAUGGCCGUUUUCCUCUGGAAUCACUUGAAACCGAUGAAAUUCUUCUGGUUUUUACUGCAACUCACAAUAUCUGCUUUUAUACUUUCAACUUUAAAUCUUGUGUUCAAUGUCCCAGCAACCCUAUUUUCAGUGGCUACCGAACAGUUUGUUCAAACAAAUCUCUAUCUUAUAAUGUCAUAUGUCAUUGACUUUUGUCUUCAUUCUAUCUUAUUUUCGAAUUUUGUAAUGGCAAUUCAACGAUUUGCGGUUUUCUUUCAUUUACACAUAUCGGAUAUUAUAUUUGAAUCACCAUACAUUUACAUCUGGCUUGUGAUGAUCUAUGUUCUUCCAUCCUUAACAUUGAUAUUUCUCGGUCAAGAUAACUGUAUGUAUCGUUUUGAUAAUCGGGAACAGAAGUUCACUUUAACCUGUUUCAAUACUGUUGGCACGAACAAAGUUAAAAUUGAAAUUCCACGAAUUAUUCAAAUUAUUGAAGACACAAUUCAAAUUGUGAUACCAAUUAUAAUUUUAAUAUUGUACAUUGCUUUAGUUAUAAAGAUUAUAAAGAUGAAGAAAACUUCGAGAAAUAAAACUGAAAUCAUUAUUUUGAAGCAAGCAUUCUUCAUUUUCUUAAUGUUUCAAAUCUACAACAUCAUAGUUCUAUAUGGAAAGACACUGAAAAUGACGACCGUCACGGCAUUUUAUCUGAAACGAGCAAUUCAUACGGCGGAGAUAUUCGCUGGAGCAACCACGCCAUGCUUCGUUUUUUUCACUUCUAAGGAGAUCAAAAAGUUGGUUUCGAAUAAAAUUACAGCUGGCUCACAAGGGAACUCGGUGUUGAGAAAUAGAAUAGCAAGUGUUCCAAGAAAUUCUUGA